AAACCAGAUAAGACGAUAAGCCCCAUAUCAAUCCUAACCAAUAACCAUACCUCUAUUACUACUUGCCAACAAUUCUCUCCACCGUUCCUCCGCCACCGCCAUGGCAUCUCCGACCUUAAUCACCCCGACCACCUCCACCCCUAAGCUCCUCCCACCCAUUCGCUCCAAGCUCUCACCACCCUCCUCUUCCACCACCACCACCACCACCGCCACUACCCAUCGCCGAAACUUCUUGUCAUUGGCUGCCGUAAUAUCCAUCUCCUCCCCGCUACUUGUUAUUCCGGCUGCAUUGGCGGCUUCCGAUGAAGAAUAUACAAAAGAGACCCAGGAGGUUAUCCAGAAAGUCAGGAACACGAUCAACAUGGACAAAACUGAUCCCAACAUCGCAACUGCGGUGGCUGAGCUAAGAGAAACCUCCAACUCCUGGGUGGCUAAGUACAGGAGAGAAAAGGCCCUCCUCGGAAGGUUAUCUUUCAGGGACAUGUACUCAGCCUUGAACGCCGUCUCCGGCCAUUACGUCAGUUUUGGUCCCACCUCUCCGAUUCCGGCAAAGAGGAAGACCAGAAUACUUGAAGAGAUAGAUUCGGUGGAGAAGGCUUUGUCGAGGGGAAGAUAGUGAGUAUCAACUGUAUUGUUACUUUUUUUUUUUGUAUAAUAUUUUAAGUUUUAUAUAUAUGUUAUCAUGAGGUUUGUGAUACAAUAUUUUACACGAUGAGCAAAAUUGUCUUCAUGUGAAUUAUCAUUGAAUAGACCCUUUAUUAUUGGUAAA